GAUUUCGUCGUCUCUUCUCUUUAACGUCGUCUUCGUCUUCUUCUUCUUCAUCUCUCUCUCUCUGACUCUCUCUCCAAUAUUUUCCCUGCGAAAAUCAAAAGGAGCUUCUUCAAUAGAGAUAGAAAAAGAGAGCUUCUUCAAUUUUCUCUCUCGAACUGUGAAAUCUCAGGUUCUGGUUUCGGUUCGGAAGCUCUGGUGAAUUUGGUUGUUCCUUCCUAUGUCUAUUUCUGGGUUCUUCCGAUGAUGGAGCUCUCUGGGUUGUUGUUGAGAUAGCUAUCUCGAGAGUUCUGGGGAUCUUUAUUGGAGAGGAAAAUGUCGACGAAGAUGAAAGGAGAGUAUUCUUCUUCUAGAAGCUUCGCUUCAAGGAGAUAUACUAUAUUACUCUGCUUAGGAAGCUUCUGCCUCGGUUUGUUCUUCACCGAUCGGAUGUGGAGUAUUCAGGAAUCUAAAGGCAUGUCUCGUCCAUCUGUAACCGAAGCUGAAAGAUUGAAACUCAUCUCUGAAGGCUGCAAUCCAAAACCUCUUUAUCAGAAAGAAGUCAAAAGAGAUCCUCAGGCUUUGCUUGGACAAGUAGCCAAUACACAUAUUGCAUUACAGACAUUGGAUAAGACUAUUUCUAGCUUAGAGAUGGAGUUAGCUGCAGCAAGGUCUGUGCAGGAAUCUUUACAAAACGGUGCUCCUGUGUCAGAUGAUAUGGGGAAGAAGCAACCGCAGGUGAAGAGACGGUAUUUGAUGGUUGUAGGGAUUAAUACAGCUUUUAGUAGCAGAAAGAGAAGGGAUUCUAUUCGAGCAACCUGGAUGCCUCAAGGUGAAAAAAGAAAGAGACUUGAAGAAGAGAAGGGGAUUAUUAUCCGGUUUGUCAUUGGUCACAGUGCCACAGCCGGGGGGAUUUUAGAUCGAGCUAUAGAAGCUGAGGACAGGAAGCAUGGAGAUUUCUUGAGACUGGACCAUGUUGAAGGGUACCUAGAGUUGUCAGGCAAGACGAAAACUUACUUUUCUACAGCUUUUUCAAUGUGGGAUGCAGAUUUCUAUGUCAAAGUAGAUGAUGAUGUUCAUGUAAAUAUAGGUAAGUUCUCCAAACGAGUUGAAUUGGUUUUAUGUGAUGUUGCAUAUGUCAUGCUGGUAAAUACUAAUGGAUUCAAUGUUUCACUGAAAAUGUCUGCAGCAACUCUUGGGGAAACUCUUGUUAGACACCGGAAAAAACCGCGGGUCUAUAUUGGUUGCAUGAAAUCUGGUCCUGUCCUUUCUCACAAAGGUGUGAGAUACCAUGAGCCAGAGUACUGGAAAUUUGGUGAGAAUGGGAACAAAUACUUCCGUCAUGCUACUGGACAGUUAUACGCUAUUUCAAGAGACUUGGCUUCUUAUAUAUCAAUCAAUCAGCAUGUUCUUCACAAGUAUGCGAACGAAGAUGUUUCAUUAGGAGCUUGGUUUAUCGGAAUUGAUGUGAAACACAUUGACGAUAGAAGAUUAUGCUGUGGCACUCCUCCUGAUUGUGAAUGGAAAGCGCAGGCUGGAAACAUCUGUGUAGCAUCAUUCGACUGGAGUUGCAGCGGAAUCUGCAGAUCAGCAGAUCGCAUCAAAGAGGUUCAUCGACGCUGCGGUGAAGGCGAGAAGGCUCUUUGGAGUGCCACAUUUUGACAUAGAAACACAUACAGUAAAUGAUAAAACAUAACGGUUUUGUUCAUCCCCCAAAACAGCUCAAAGAUCAGACAAAAGUACAGAGAUACAAUUCCAAGAGGCUAGAGUUAUCCACUUUUUGUAUUCAUAGGUACAUAGGAGAGGCAGAAUUAGAGAGAUAAGUGUGGAAAGUGGAAACCUCGGGCAAGAAUCGCGAUUGCGUUUGGAUAUGUUUCGAUUGUGGCGUUUCAGUUUUAGUAGUGCAUAUAAGGAACGCCAUGCCUGUAUUCGUUUCAGGAGCAAGUUGUGGAUUUGUUUACAUCAAUACAAAACUAUGCCCUCC